AUGCCUAGUUAUGUGAAGUUUCUUAAGGAUAUUCUUGCAAACAAAAGGAAACUUGGGGAGUACGAAAUAGUUGCAUUAAUGCAUGAAUGCAGUGCGUUAUUUCAAAAUAAUCUCCCCAAGAAACUGAAGGACCCUGGAAGCUUCACACUGCCUUGCUCUAUUGGGAGAAAAGAAGUUGGCGCGUUAUGUGACCUGGGAGCUAGUAUUAACCUAAUGCCACUUUCCAUUUUUAGAAAGUUGGGUAUUGGUGAGGCAAGACCCACCAUUGUAACCCUGCAGCUAGUGCAUAGGCCAAUAACGCAUUCUGAAAGGAAGAUUGAAGAUGUGCUCGUACAAGUUGAUAAGUUCAUAUUACCCACCGACUUCAUUAUCCUGGACUAUGAAGCAGACACAGAGGUCCCCAUCAUCCUAGGUCGCCCAUUUUUUGCUAUAGGGGGUGCAUUAAUCGAUGUACAGAAAGGGGAGUUGACAAUUCGAGUCGACAAUUAG